UCCCUCCUUCCUCCUCCUCCUCCUUUCUACGGCAGAAUAGCGGAGGAGAAAAAAACUAAUAUCUUACCAUUGAUAAUAGCCAAAGCACUGUCCAUUCAGACGCACAUAGAGAGGCAGGGGUAUCAUCAGUGCUGCAGCAGCGGAUCGCUCGGCUGUCAGACGCAGAGGAAUGAUAAUUAGAAAGAGAUUGACUCGGCAACAAGAAGAAAAAGAGGAAGAAGAGGAGAGGAACUGGGCCUGCAGCAGCAGUGAGACAAGUAGUGGAAUAUAUGAAGGAAGAGAGAAGGAAGGAAAGAAGGAGGGAUUGAAUUGAUCAUAAUCUGAUCAAGAAGAAGAACCGCGGAGCAGCAGCAGCGGCAGCAGCACUUGUGUGGGGUUUUUUUCGGAGGUAGAUGAUGGUGACAGCAGCAGCGGAGGAGGAGAUAGAGGGAUGAGCAAGGAUCAAUAAUCCUCCCUCCUCCUCCUCCUCCUCUUCCUCCUCCCCCACAUUCAUCCCUCCAUCACCUCUGCAGGAGCCGCUGAAACCUAAGGAUCUGGAUUUACCGUCCAACAAGACCAUAAUGAAUCCCAGAUGUCUCACCGUACCCAGGAGGAAGACAAACAUCUAACAUGACAUUCAACCUUUGCGUAUCACUUCUGACAGACCGAGUGCAGAAUGACAGGCUGAGUCCUGCAGGUGAAUCCAUGGGCCAGGAAGAGGUGAACCUCUGCUCUUCCAGAAGAUGAUCCUCCACGGGCAUUACAUUUUCAUUAUGUGGAGCUUUACGUUGUGUUGAUUUCUCAAGGUUUGGUUCCAGACUGUUUUCUUGAAGGAGAGGGUCUGAACUGAAUACUCUGAAUACUUGGGGAAUUACCACAGGGGUUCUGACCCCAGGAUUUUAUUAUGAGGCACAAAAGGGAAACUGGUGCUUAGUCAAUUAGUUUGGGAGUUUGUACAUGCAGACUGCAUUUCUGCUGCAGCACCUGGCAAUGAAAAUUUUAACACUUCUUCCAUUUGUGCUGGACAAUCUGCAGUUGCUCAACAAUGAUAAUGUGCAACAUCUUUGACACAGAGGGACCUCUAUCAGCUAUGGUCUCCGCACCUGCUUCUUGGAAACCUAUGUUCUGAUCUGCUGCAUGGAGUGCAAAGAGUGGAUAAAACUGACUCACUGACAAAGGGAGGGACAACAGUUUUUUGUGGGGGAGAAGACUAUCUCUUUCUCUAUAUUUGUUCUGUUUUUAACCGUCAUGGGUCUGAACCCCAAAAGAAACACCUGACUGAACCAGGGGAUGGUCGACGACUCCAUAAAACCUUCUGAUUGGAGCCAGGGAGGACGAGGUCCAACUUGAUCUUUAAAUCAGAACUCGAAGAAGAAAGAGUCCUCUCCCCCCCACUUACCUCUGGUGGGGGGGAGGGUGAAGGGUAGUUUAGUUUUUAGGGUGUAGGGCCUAGGGCCAUAGGGUGUAAUUUUGUCAUAAUUUAGACAUUAGGUUUAAGGUUGUAGACUAGACUGUAGAGUACAGAGUAGGACAGCUCUGCUCUGGGUCCUGAUAACAGUUUUAGAUUAGUCAUAAUUGGGUCCAACUUCUUCUCAGUGUUUAGUCAGUUGUGCUAGUUUUGGCUGGUGUCACUACUAUACUAGCCCCUGCGGCAUCUAACACUCAGUGAGUAACCUUUUGCUCUGCACCAGCUGUAGCUGUGACUCGGGCUGCAUUUCCUCUAGUGCAUAAGUCUAGCAUUUAGCCUCAGUGCUAGCUGACAGCGUACAACCUCGAUCUAACUAACAGUUAGACAGACAACAACCAACAGCAUUUAGGUCUUUACUAUAGAAUUUAGCAGUAGGGAACCCUACUCUUUGGGCAUUUCCCCGGCUGUUGUUUAGCCUGAGGUUCUCUAGCCAUUAGCCUGUGUGCAGACUAACAGACCAUGGAUGCUAAUCAAGGCCCAGGCCAGGGCAGCCCAGAAAGCCCUAACCGGGCCGUGGAGUACCUUCUUGAACUCAACAACAUUAUCGAGAGCCAGCAGAAGCUUCUAGAAACCCAGCGGCGCCGAAUCGAGGAGCUGGAAGUCCAACUGGACCGGCUCAGCCAAGAGAACAAGGACCUGCGUUUGGACCGGCAACCUGUUGCUCCUCCUCCACCUGCUCCUCCCCCCGAGCCUCCUCUCCCUCCUCCUCCUCCGCCGCCUCCACCAGCUCAGACCACAUCGACCCCCAUUUCAACCAAGAAUCACCAUCAUUACCACCACAACAGCCAACACCCAGCUCCUCCCCAGCCUCCCUCCUCCAUCCCUCUCCACCACAGCCACCACCACCACCAGCAUCAUCAGCAGCACCACCACUCCUCCACCCACCACUCCUACAACAGCACCAACAGCACCACGAUGACUGCGAUCCCGGUUCCGGCUCCUGCUCCGGCUUCAGCCCCACCCUCCAUCUCAAUCCCAACCCAAAUCCCAGCUCCAGUCUCCUCUUCAGCCCCGGCUCCACCUCCCCCUCCUCCGAUCCCACCCAGGGAUCAGCCACGGGCCCACAGCCGGCUAACUCGAGUGCCCUCUACCAGCACUGGCACCAACACCAACUUUGUGGAGAAAGAGAAGGAGAGGCUUGAGCGCCUCCACAGAGCCAACGCCUCCAACAACCACCACGCCCACACCCUCCACCACCACAAAUCUGUGGAGGGCGAUCCUCAGUGUCCAGAGGCACUCACUUUUUCUGAUUCGUCCUUUGGCCAUCCGCCUCCCUUUCAUCGCUAUACCAACAGCCCCCUCACCAGCCCCUGCGACCCCUACAGCUCCCCCUCCACCAGCGGGCCCCUGGGAGCCUCCCACACGCACACACAGGGUAGCUCUCCCAUCUCUCCCCCCAGCCCGGCUAGCCUUGCCUGGGCUCAGCGCAGCCGACACCAGCCGGCCAGCCUGGCGCUCCGCAAGCAAGAGGAGGAGGAGAGCAAACGCUGCAAGGCUCUAUCCGACAGCUAUGAGCUCUCUACAGACCUCCAGGACAAGAAGGUGGAGAUGCUGGAGAGGAAGUACGGGGGCCAGUUUGUGUCCCGACGGGCGGCGAGAACGAUCCAAACGGCGUUCAGGCAGUACCGCAUGAACAAAAACUUCGAGAGGCUUCGCAGCUCCGCCUCGGAGAGCAGGAUGACGCGCCGCAUCAUCCUGUCCAACAUGAGGAUGCAGUACUCUUUUGAUGACCGUCAGCAGCAGGGUCAGGGGUCAGCAGGUCAGCAAGGGUCAGACGACGCAGGAGACAUGGACGACUCCUUCUCUAAGCAGGUGAAGUCCUUGGCCGACUCCAUGGACGACUCCCUCACCUGCCAGUCCGGUCGUGAAGACUCGCAGGACGCAGGAGGGGAGGGAGAGGAGGACGAGGAGGAGGACGAGGAGGAGGGAGACGAAGAAGAGGAAGAGGAAGAGGAGGAGGAGGAAGAGGAAGACGAGGACGAAGAUUACAGAGAGUGUGCGUGGCGCAGCGCCAACCCAUCCUCCCGACGCUUGGCAGGCCGGGUGGGAGGGAGAGGUGUGGGAGGAGGUGCCGCCAUGCACGAGGACAGCACCGCCACCUCCUUCAGCGAUGUCACCCUCUACAUGGACGAGGGCUGCCUCCCCUCCUCGCCGCUCUCCCGCCCGCCAUCCUCGCCGCUCUCCCGCCCCGCCUCCAGCUCCGACACAGAGUACUGGGGAGGAGGAGGAGGAGGCGGUGUAGGGGUGAGGGAGGACAGUAGAGAGACAGAGGGAGGCAGCAGCGCCAGCCGAAGGAGCAGCACCCCCUGCACAGAGUGUCGAGGGGAGUACAGAGGGAGAGCAGGAGGAGGAGGAGGAGGAGGAGGAGGAGGAGGAGCGCACCUCCCUGUCCUGACUGUUGAACCACCCAGUGACAGCUCAGUGGACAUGAGUGACAGGUCAGAGCGAGGCUCUAUCGGACGCCUGGUGUAUGAACAGGAGCCGUCAGGAGUCGAGAGGGAGAGGAGGGGAGGAGGAGGAGGAGGAGGAGGAGGGGAAGGAGAGAGUGGAGAGGAUGAGCGAGGGGGAGGAAGCAGCGGAGCCAACUCUCCACAGGGAACGAUCAAACACAAACCAAACGGCCGCUCGGUCGCCACGGCGCAGGGACAGACUCGCAGCCCUGCCAACGUCCCUUUACCGAUGCCUUCAGCCCGGGCCCUGCCUCCACACCCGCUCCCUCACCCACUCCAACACCCCCACGCGCACCCUCACCCGUCGCCCAUCCCCCACUUACCCACCAUCCUCCACCACCACCCGCAGUACAGCCAGCCGCACAUCAUGCACAUGCACCACGUGCACGGCGGCAGCCCUUACAUCCAGAACGCCCAUCACUUCGCCCAACACCACUACCACCACCUGCACCACCAACACCACCACCUCCCCCACGGUUAUCCAGAACCCCCUUCUUCCCCACUGCCCUCCCCGGUUCCACCACUCACACCUCUCUCACCCCUGCCACCGCCGCUCACGCCCUCACCGCUCUCCUCCUCCUCCUCCUCUGCGCUCCAAAACAUGGAGGCGCAGCAGCACCACGCCCACCACCCCCACCUCCACCACCACCACCUGCUGUGCUCGGACGGAGAUAACGAGAGCGUCAACUCCACCACCACCAACUCCAACGACGACACGACGGUCAACAACUGCAGCUCCGGCUCCUCGUCGCGCGACAGCCUGAGAGAGCCAGUGGGAGGAGCCUCCCUGGGGAAACAGACCUAUCAGAGAGAGAGCCGCCACAGCUGGGACUCGCCCGCCUUCAACAACGACGUGGUGCAGCGGCGGCAAUACCGCAUCGGACUCAACCUGUUCAACAAGAAGCCGGAGAAGGGGAUCCAGUACCUGAUCGAGAGGGGCUUUGUGUCGGACACGCCGGUGGGCAUCGCCAGGUUCAUCCUGGAGAGGAAAGGACUGAGUCGGCAGAUGAUCGGAGAGUUCCUGGGCAGCCGUCAGCAGUUCAACAAGGACGUCCUUGACUGUGUUCUGGAUGAGAUGGAUUUCUCAGGGAUGGAUCUUGACGACGCUCUGAGGAAGUUCCAGGCUCAGAUAAAAGUUCAGGGUGAAGCUCAGCGUGUGGAGCGACUGGUGGAGGCCUUCAGUCAGCGGUACUGUGUUUGUAACCCGGUGCUGAUCCGGCAGUUCCAGAAUCCAGACACCAUCUUCAUCCUGGCCUUCGCGAUCAUCCUCCUCAACACGGACAUGUACAGCCCCAACGUCAAGCCGGAGAGGAAGAUGAAGCUGGAGGACUUCAUCAAGAACCUGCGGGGAGUUGAUAACGGGCAGGACAUCCCCAGGGACCUGCUGGUGGCGAUCUAUGGCAGAAUCCAGAAAUGGGAGCUGAGGACCAACGAUGACCACGUGUCUCAGGUCCAAGCCGUGGAGAGGAUGGUGGUCGGCAAGAAGCCUGUGCUGUCACUGCCUCAUCGCAGGUUGGUCUGCUGCUGUCAGCUGUUCGAGGUUCCAGAUCCAAACAGAGCUCAGAGGAGCGGCGUCCACCAGAGAGAAGUCUUCCUGUUCAACGACCUGCUGAUGGUGACAAAGAUCUUCCAGAAGAAGAAGACUUCAGUGACGUACAAUUUCAGACAAUCAUUUCCCCUGCUGGACAUGCAGGUCCACACCUUCCAAAACACCUACUACCCGCACGGUAUCAGACUCACGUCGGCGAACCCCGGGGGAGAGAGGAAGGUGCUGAUCGUCUUCACGGCGCCGAGCCAGCAGGACCGAGCACGCUUCACCUCCGACCUCCGAGAGAGCAUCGCAGAGGUCCAGGACAUGGAGAAGUACAGGGUGGAGUCUGAGCUCGAGAAGCAGAAAGGUGUGAUGCGUCCCGGUGUGUUGACGGGGGGAGGACCGGGAUGCGGGGGGACAUCGGGAGGCGGGGACGGCGAUGGCACCUCGAAGGGCGAGGUGGUGAACGGCACGCUGGGUAGGCCGAGCCUCGACGACACGUACGCCUCGGUGGAUGGCCUCAAACGCACGGCGCUCAGCUCCUCGCUGAGAGACCUCUCAGAAACAGGGAAGCGAGGUCGUAGGAACAGUGUGGGGUCAUUGGACAGUACCAUUGAAGGUUCCAUUAUUAGCAGCCCCCGGCCUCACCAGCAGCGCCCCCUGCCUGCUGGAGGUCUAUCCUACAGCCCCAUGAUGGUCCCUUCGUCUCCAGCAGCCUACCGGCCGCACCGCCCUACUCAGAGCCCCGGUACAGGGGUGGGGGGUGGGCCGGGGCUCUGUCACAACCAGGGGGGGGUCACCACCUCCCCACUCGUGAGCGGGGGAGGGGCUGGGGGCGGAGGAGGGAUGGCGGGUGGGGGAGGCCAGACUGGCGGCGGCCUGCUGGGGAACUUCUUCGGCAGCCGCAGAGGCAAGGUUCCUGGUCCCCUGACGAUGACGUCACCGACUCCACAGGGUCCACCGAGUCCCCUGAUGAUAUCAUCACCCCCCCACUACCCCGCCCCCGCGCCUCCCAUCCCCCACCCAUCCUCCCCUUCCCCAUGCCCCUCCCCAUCGCCCAACCUCGGGCAGUCGGACUCGGGAGGAAUUGGAGGGGUAGGAGGUACGGGAGGGGGGCCGUCCAAGCUCCAAGCUUUGCACGCCCAGUAUUGCCACGGCAACAGUGGAGGAGGAGGAGUCAAUGUAACUGGGCACCAGCAGCAGCAGACGCCGCCCCCACCUUACCACCACCACCAUCGCUACCACAUGCAGAGCGUCCCGCAGCACCACGCCCUAGCGCACAGGUUCUCAGCCCCCCGGCGGCAGGGUCCGCCCGGCUGCGCUCCCUCUCAUACCCAGCAGCAUCAGAGGAUGCAACAUGGCGCCGCCCAGCACCCGCGCUACAACCUGGGCUUCAUCACGCCCCCACCACUGUCCCCGCACUCCCCCGUCACCCCUACUACCCCGCACGGACUUUACCACUCGCACCCUGCGGCGGGACGGCCGGGUGGAGGCGGAAAGCUCCCGCUGACCAUCUCGCACUCUCAGCCCCACCCCCACGCGCACACACACUCUCACAACCACGCCGUGCACACACACUCCCCGCUCAGCCCCUCCCCCUCCGCCUCCCCCUCCACCCACUUCAUCUUCUCCACCCCACCGCCCCAAACGCCCUCAGCACGCCUCGUCACCCAGACGCCUCCGCAGCCCUACGCCCCCCAGUACCCACCCCUUACCUCCAUCCCACCUCCCCCUCCGCACUCCCCCUUACCUCCCCCGUCGACCGGCCCUCUCUCCCUGCACCCAGGGGCGGGGGGCGGGCAAGGGGGAGGCCCCAAAUCGAAACCCGUCAGCCGGAUCAGCACGGUCGUGUGAGAAGGCAGAAGCCGAGGGCGGUGGUCCGCCAUCCCGCAGCGAGCCAUCGUGGGGCGGUAGUGACAGGGAGCAGGAGAGGGAGCAGGAGAGGGAGGAGGAGAGGAGGGCAAAUGCAGGUGCAUCAAAAUGGCCGCUUAGUGAGGAGGAGAGCAGUGAGAGAGGGGAAGAGGAAAUUACUCAGCCUGUGUUAUUUUCACAUCCACUUCCCCCACAAGUAGAAAGACUCUCACGCACACUGAAGGACGUUUGUUGGGAAACCCUGUAGUGGCAAAUGUUCCUGGAAAACCUGCCCAUGGAGCUACCAGCACCAAGAACAUAAAUCACUCAAAGAAAGCUGAAGAAAAAACUCCCGCAUACUCCUCCUGUAUUGGUGAAAAUCUCCUGAUCCCCCCUUCGUAGUGCCCUUCAGUGCUGGCCUGGGACUCGAGAGGACAUGCAUGUAGUUCUUCAUUGACAGAUGAAGUGUUCGUGUCAUAUUGUGAGUACGAAUUUGUGAGUUGCUGUAGUGGACAUAUGGUUCAGGGACCAGACGUGAAAGGGAACAGUGCCUGAGAAUUGAACAAAAGGGUUGUAAUCGAUGCCAACACUAUGUACGGUGUUGGUUGGUGGGACAGCUCAGGUUGUUAGGAAGCCUGAGAACGCGACGAGUCCUUUUACUGUGUUCCAAAAAUCACACUAGUCUUGCACCAAUUUGUUUUCCGCACAAAAAGCACUUGUACCAUUAAUUUUGGUUGUUGGCGUAUUACAAGCCAUGAGCAAUGAGCCAUGUUACAUGAGAAGCAGAAGUGGUUAGCAUUAAUAUGGUGCAGUUUGUGUCUUAGACAGGCAUGCAUGACCUGUGCAAUAGCUAAUGAGUGUCAGUGUGUCUAUGGUUAAAAUCCUAUAUGAAGGGGGAGGGAUCUGUUAUAAGUUAAAGCCCCAAUCCAGCAUUUAUUUGACCAUAAAAAGUGCAUUAGUGAAGGUUACUGAAAACUUUACUUUCUACAUGGACAAUAAACUUUUUUAAAACUCUAAACAAGCCAUCAUGAUAACAAAAACUACAGGUGUCUUUUUACCUUUUGUGUUUUGCAAAAACUGCUAAAAGCCUUUAGUGUUUGUGGAUUGCAGGGUUUCAACAGGGGGCACUACAAUGUUGUUUUGGAUUGGGACUUAUUUAACUGACAAUUUAUUCUUGUAAAGGAGGAUUUAUUUGAUCAUUUGUACCACACCAGUGAAUGCUCCCCUACAAGUGUCCCAGUAUAUUUAAAAAUAUAAGCCUGAAUUUGUCAGAAAUUAUAAUAUAUGUCAACUGUGUUUCAUGCUCCACAUUGUAUGUGACCCUCUAUGUUGCCGGAGAAGGAGAUUAUGCUGAAAGGUGCCAAACAGGGUAUAGUCUGGGAGUCUUUUGUUUCACUGGCUUGUCUUCCUUUGAUGAAGCGGGAGGCUAUCGUACCUAAACAAAGUCACGAAAGAGAUGUUUAAGGUUACAUUAAACAACAUCUUCUUAUAAUGUAACUCUCAAUAUAUUUCUCAAAAGGUUAAUACUGGAAAUGUUGACUGAACUGGGUGGGAAAUUAAAAUGCAAAAGGUUAUAUGCAGUUUAGAAAAUCAAAGUUGUGCAGCGUCCAAACAAAAAUUCCAUCACCGCUUUGUGAGGGUGGUUAGCUGAAGGAUUUCUGUCAUGACACCGUCUUUCCCUGAAACCCUCCAUUCACAUAACAAAAAAGUUCACAAACACCCCUUCAUUAGUUAAAUAUAUUAAAAGGAGCAACAGGGGAGGGAUCCCUUUUCCAGAAAGGACAGACAUGCAAUAGUUUGUGUACAUAGACAUUAGCAUUGGUGUCAGCUAAUGCACAUAAUUUCUAAGCAUGUGCUACGGGGCAAUGUCACAUCUACUAAACCAAAAUGUACAGAAAACAAAAACAAAACUCAAAAAACAUUUUUUGUCAAUGCCAAGUGCUUGCUAGUAAUUUUUCAUGUCAAUUAUUUCAAAAGUCCCAGCUCAACAAUCAAUUUUGUUUUAAUUUAAGUGAUAAAUUGUGUUUUUGUGGUGGAAUAAAUUUUUUCAAGACUGUUAUCCCAAGAUAAGUGUUUAAAGGUCCCAUAUUAUGCUCAUGUUCAGGUUUGUACUUUUAUUUUGGUGUUGACAAGAAAGCUUUAUUGUUUAAAAAAACCCAUUAUUUACUCUCAUAAUGUCGAUUGAUUCAGCACCUCUCUUUCCCCCCUCUGUCUGAACACUGUGUCUCUUUAAAAGCCCACUUUCUUGUGACUGACCAACGAAGUGUGGCGAUAGGUCUGGCUAUGUGAGACCAAUGCUUGUGGACCGCUCCGCCUCACGCUGCUCGGUGGCUACGACAGCUACAAUAAUUUCACUUGGAAAAAAACGGUAUGGGGAAACUUAAUUUGAUGAAUUGACUUUUUAUCAAACCACAAAUGAGACAAGAAUUAGGUUGGAAAAACGCCGCUGAAGCGGAGCGUUUCUGGCGGUUGGGCCUCACACUACAAAAAAACACUUUAUUCACUGAUUUUGGUGAAAGUGGUUCAUAUUUUAUGGAUAAAAAAUCUUCUGGUUUUCCAUCUGAUGUCCUCCUGCUGCUCAGCCUCAACUUUCAGUGAUUUAUGGAGUUUCCUGAUGGACAGAUAGCUUUACUUGUUGUUAGCAGUUACUUUAACCACUAACUGCUGCUAACUUUAGCGUCAACUAGCUAGUUAGCUCAGUUAGCCCUGCAUCUAGCCGUCCUAUUAGCUGACUCUUCCCGGACUGGAAGCUUGGUGUGUUGGCGUUUACACCAGGAGCUGUAGACCGCUGGGAGCGCCCAGUCCGGACAGAGCUAGCUGAUAACGGCUGCUAAAGUUAACAGUAGCUAGCGGUUAAUGUAGAGUUAGCAACAAGUAGUUCAUCUGUCCAUCAGGAAACUUCAUAAAUCAAAUAGACCUAAAGGCCUUUUCAUAGCUAUUUGCGCUGUGCUUUCCAUUGGGUUCAACUAUUUUGAGCUUUGACUGUGGCGUAGGCACGAGCGCAGCGUUUUGCUCGACGCAGCAACAAACCCCCCCCAGGCAUUGGUGCAAGCCAUUGAAAACAAUGGGUUUCAUAGCUCAGCGGUACAGUAGUUGUAGUCUGUCUGAAAGGCCAUAAGGCAGAGCAGUCGGAGGACAUCAGAGGGAAAACCAGAAAAUAUUUAACUUUCCUUCAUAAUCGUAAAAGCAGUUUCUGCGAUAUAGACUGAACAACCUCCAGCUGUAGCUCAGCGAUGGAUCCACAGCUUGGUGUUGUGUUGGACGGUGGGGCUGAGAGCAGUUUUUUCUCAUACUUUGGGGUCUUGAGACACACCGGGGACACAUAUUUAGAUGGAAAAGUGGAUUUUGCAUAAUAUGUGACCUUUAAUAUUUCAACUUCACAGUGUCAUUAUCUUUAAAAAGGAAAUGGUGGUUAAAAUGUUACACUAAUAUUACGUGUAGCAGAGGCUGACACUUCUUUAGAGAAUCCUGUGGGUCACAGGAUUUCAGUGGGAUGUAAGUCAACUUCAUUAUUCAUCACGGGACUGGGACGGGACUGGAAUCAUAGAUUCGGUUUUAUAUACAUGAAGUUCUAAUAUGAAUCAACGCUAUUUUCUGAUUUGUUUUUAUCGGGAAUGGGGUUGGACAGGAGUCAUUCUUCUGGGAUUGAGGGAAAAUCCUCUCCCGUGUCACCCUCUAAUGUGUAGGUCUGCUUAUAAUUUUUGUUCUGUUCUUUUCUGGGAUGCCUCUUUUUUCAAAGCCGAGUGGAAUGAUUAUUGUGAAACAAUUUUGAUAACAUUUACAUAUAGAAGCCUGUUUUACCAGAGGUAAUGAGAUAUCUAAUCAUAAAGCUAUCUUCAGAUAAAGUUACAGUUAAUAUAGUAUAAUGAACUUUUAAAACUAAAUAUAAGUGCUAGUUGUUGUAUCAAGAUCAGAAGUAAAGUUUUAAUGUUGACAAAUAAAACUAAAACCUUUGCGGUAAUCUCACUAACUCUUGGCUUCCCUACAUUUUAGGCCUUUGGAAACAAAAAAAUGUGAACAUUUAUGUUCACGAAAGCAUGUGCAGCCUUAUUUCACCAGCUGCAGACAAACUUUCACCACUGUUAAUGAAAAAUAAUGGUUAAUUUCCCACCAAGUCCAAACGUGUGAAAUCUUCAGAACAGUUCUGGUGACCUUGAGGGUGAACAAAGUGUAAUCUCACACUACUAUUGCAAAAUGGAGAACAGGGUGCCUUCAGAUGGAGGGGGUGGUACAAUAUAAAAUGAUCAUAAGAUAUAAUUCAAGAAAGACCACCAUGUAAUAUAAAGACAAUUCAGCAUCUAAACUAGUCAUAUAUUGAUUGAUUGUAUCCAUUCAGAAUAACAAACUAUCAAGCCAUUUACUGCUUUUUAUUCAAAUCUGGCUGAAGGACUGAGCCACUCGUCUCCCUCGUCAUCCAACAAAGACACAAAGGAACAUGAAAAUUGGACCUAAUUUCAUCCUGAAGGACUUGCUAACUUCUCACAGGACUGGAGUGCAGAACGUGUUUCGCCGCCAAACAGCACUAAGCAAAAUAUUCUUGAACAAAUUAAUUUUUACACAUUAUUUUGCACUUUUGAGUUAAACCCACCAUACCAGUAUUAAAGUGUAUUUUCUCUUUCUCUCCAUUUGAUCGAGUUCAACAGAUGCCAGGAUAGGAAGCCCAUGAUAGCUGGUUGAAAGUUCUUUGACUAUUUGAACUGUUUUUCCAGCCAUUUGUACUUUUUGACUAGAACCUCUCAGUGCUGGUUGCUUUCCUGUCAAAGUGGCUGGUUUAGUCAGGCUCAAAUAAAUAUUUACCAGCAUUUAACUGGUGGAUGAUGGGAAAUUCCUCUGAUGUUCUGAAUGCAAACAAUAAUGACACAUUUUUAGUCCGCCUGUGAUUACGUGAAUGCGCCGACUGUAGAUAUUAACUGUACAGUGUGUUCUCUUUUCAAUGGGGCCAACAGCAUCGAUCUGUAACUGAGGUUCAGAAUUGCUUGAAUUAACAAAGUGUAUGCUCUAAAAACCAAACGUUCUUCAGGGUUCUUCAGGCUAUUUGAGCAACUUAGGGUUCCUCACUAGAAAAACAAAAACAAUAAAAAUCCCUUAAAUGUUUUUUGUAGAAGCACUUUCAGUUUGAGGUUUGUGGAAACGCCGUCAUAAACUAUAAUCACUUGACGGAAUUCCUCAGGGAACCAUCUUGGGUCCCCUGUUGUUUUCAAUCUGAAGAACCCCUUGGACUUUUUAGAGUGUGCUACUGAUAUUAUUAUUAAUAUUGUUGUGUGACAAGCUUCUACUAACAUAACGUACUCCUUGGGCUGUUUUGUAUUUUUAGCAUUUUUAAUUUUGUUAUGUGCUUACAAGUGUGAGAUGAUUGUUUUGCUUUUCUGAUUUGGGCAUUUUAUGGAAAGACUACAAACUUUUUCAUUUUUAAUAUGUUUACAACAAAACAAAUUUUCUGUAACUAACAUACACUAACAUGUUCUAAUAUUUUUAAUAAGACCCUGAUAAUUAAUUUCACUCACCCCUGCAUGCUGGCGCAAACACACACACCUGUGUACACUUCUAAAUCAUCACAAAGCCUCUCGCCAACCUUUUAAUAGAAACAAGCAAGACUUACGCUACCAAGCAACCUUUUAAAACAAUACAAACAAAGAAUACAUGCUGAGCUGCUAGGAAUUCUGGACCGCUUGGUCUACAUCAUGUAUCUACAAUCACCUACAGAAACUUUGCCACUUUGCAGGGGGCCAUACAGUAACACCAUGUCUAAUCCAGACUAAAACAAUUAACUAAACACACUUGAAAUAGCAAAACAAAAGUUCUCGAGGAGCACUGGAUCAAACCUACCUCGUAAGGAAUUAUACAUUUCAACGUUUUCCACUGCAUGCCCGAGCUGUUCCUCACUAAAGUUCCCAUUUUAAAGUUCCAUACCCAUGCUUUUGCAUGUUGUAGCCUAUCAACUACAAAUUGUAUGUACUUUACAUUACUGCCAACCAUUUUCGAAAUCAUUCCUAAAUUUCUAGAUUUGUUUGGUUCCAGUGUCAAAAAAAAAUCUAUUUGCAGGGACUUGACACUUGCUGCAGAUAGAUCACUGUCAACAUUUCUUAGAGGUCCAAGCACCAACAGGGUUGAAGCUGUUUUUCUUUUGCUAGGUUUUUAUUAUUAUUGACAGUUCUUGUGAUCCAAGGCUGGAGUGGAUCCUGGCGGUGUUUCACUGCAGGAGGAUGUCUUGACUUAUGAACGCAUAUUCAGCCAUGAUCUCGGCCUCCUGGUAAGUCGUUUUGCCUUCGGUUCCAAGUUUUGUUGGACCCCAAGUAAACCCACUAGGAGGUUUAGUUCAUUGUUAUUAUUUCUCAGUUUUUUCAACAAAAACUCUUUGGAAAGUUAGGACUGUUGUGAAAAAUCCGACUUUGGAGAUUUGACAGUCUUCUGCAGAACAACCACUCUUUUACCACUGGAUGCAAGUCUCUGCAAAAGGAUUUUCAUUAAAAUAAACUAAAAUCAGUGUCUGUUUGAACAGCAGGAAAUCAGUCUAAUAAUGUAUUGCGUGGUUUGCAGAAGUAAUGUACAGUAUAUGCAGUUAAAGAACAUGCAGAACAAUAGGUAUGGUCCUUUAAAUGCUGAAUUUAAAAGUUUAUUUUCCUGCCCGGGUCUGGUCUCCACUAUCGGUUUGCAUGUGGUAUUUAUUACAGUAUCUGCACUGAAUGAAACUGUAUUAUAAACAUGAAUGUACAUAACCAUCGUUAUAUGAAAAAUAACAAUGCGAGUACUCACUUUGCUCCGCAACGGGCAGUUUGUCUUUGGCUGGGUUUACACCAGGAACCGAAGAUCUGAUUCUAAACGGCCAUAGAAAUAGAUCUGAUCUGACUGCUGCAGGCAAAAACAGGGAACCUUUAAAAAAAAAAAAUCGUCAGAUCUGGUUCAGAUAAGAUAACAAAUGUCCGACUCUUCUGUUCCUGUGUAAAGGCAGUCUGUGUUGUGUGUAUCUAAACAAGGGCGAUGGACCAGGGGUCUAAGUUGUACAAAACAACACAAUGGACCGCUUUAUGGAGAAAUUUUUUUUUCUUGUUUAUAAUGUAGAGCAAAGAGAGACUGCAAUAGUCCUUGUAAAAUUGUACGAGUACAGUGUCAAAUAUGUGUCAACAGAGACGACAUUAUUUUAAAAAUUAUGUAUGGAAAAUUUUAGCUGUGUAUAUAAAUAUAUAUUACUUGUACUUUGUUUUUGAAAUUGCAGAGAUAUGGAAAAAGUGGAAAUAUUUAUUGCUCUAAAGAUAUAAAAAAUCUGUUCAUGUUGAUGGAAA